CAUUUGAGAUUCUAUCUUGUAUCCUAUCCUGUCUUGCUCGGUAAAGAGAUUAACGAUAACACAUCGAAGAAAAUUAUAUCAAGGAUUGCAUUGAGACUACAAAACGAGUGGUGGUGCUCUGUUCUUUUUUUCCCCUCCUCUCUCCUCCAAAAAAAUCCCGACUUUUUCCUCCUUUUGCAUUAUCUCUACCGUUUUGCGUUUCGAUUCUUGUAUGAACUUCGCAAUUUAGUUCCGGUCUUUUCAUGUUUGCCCUGAAUUUCCCUAAAAUUUGGUUCCUUUAAUAGCCCAAAUUUGCAUUUUCGCCUUCCGUUCUGCGUCUCUCUGUUUUCGUCCACCACACAUUUUUCCAUGAAACUUGUUUCCCCUGAUAAUAGCUAGCUAGAAAUGACGCCACUUUCCUCUGAACUCGUUGGUUUCACUAUCCCUUUCUAUUCCAAAACCCAGAAACACAAUUCGAGUUCGAAUUCUCUCGGACUAGUAUUUCACAAUCGAAGCUUCUUAAGCUGCUCAAACUCAAACCUUAACCACGACAAUGGCAAACCUUUUUCAUCUUCAGGAGCAGCAAACCUUCAGGCCGCCACCACAACAGACGCAAAGCAAACCCAUUCACAAUCUCUCGGAUUCAGAGAUACACAGAUGCUGAAAAUAUUCCAUCGAGCAUGCCGUGCAGGGAAUUACAUCGAAGCUCUACAUCUACUCGAGAGCAUGGUACGUAAAGGGUACAACCCCGACGUGAUUCUCUGCACAAAGCUCAUAAAAGGUUUCUUCAAUCUAAGAAACAUCCCAAAAGCCGUUAGGGUUAUGGAGAUUCUCGAGAAAUUCGGCCAGCCUGAUGUCUUCGCUUACAACGCGUUGAUUAAUGGGUUUUGUAAGAUGAAUCGAAUCGAAGAUUCUACGAAAGUUCUCGAUCGGAUGAGAAGCAAAGGGUUUUCUCCAGACACUGUGACUUACAACAUAAUGAUUGGUAGUCUGUGUAGUAGAGGGAAACUCGAUCUUGCUUUGAAGGUUUUAGAUCAGCUCUUAACCGAUAAUUGCCAACCUACUGUGAUUACUUACACGAUUUUGAUCGAAGCAACGAUGCUAGAUGGUGGAGUUGAUGAAGCGUUGAAGCUUUUGGAUGAGAUGUUGUCUAGAGGGUUAAAACCGGAUAUGUUUACUUACAACACAAUCAUAAGAGGAAUGUGUAAAGAAGGAAUGGUGGAACGUGCCUUUGAGAUGGUUCGAAAUCUUGAACUGAGAGGUUGUGAGCCUGAUGUGAUAUCUUACAACAUCUUGCUUCGAGCUCUUUUAAAUCAAGGGAAAUGGGAAGAAGGAGAGAAGCUAAUGACAAAGAUGUUUUCGGAGAAGUGUGAGCCGAACGUUGUGACUUAUAGCAUUCUGAUUACUACUCUAUGCCGCGAUGGAAAGAUCGAUGAAGCUUUGAACUUGCUUAAGCUUAUGAAGGAAAAAGGUUUAACGCCUGAUGCAUAUAGCUACGAUCCUUUGAUCGCUGCGUUUUGUAGAGAAGGUAGGUUAGAUUUAGCUAUCGAGUUCUUGGAAACUAUGAUCUCGGAAGGAUGUUUACCGGAUAUAGUUAACUACAACACGGUUUUAGCUACCUUGUGCAAGAACGGGAAAGCUGAUCAAGCCUUGGAGAUUUUUGGGAAACUAGGAGAAGUGGGUUGCUCACCGAACUCGAGUUCUUACAACACAAUGUUCAGUGCGUUGUGGAGCAGCGGAGACAAAAUCAGAGGGUUGCAAAUGAUAUCAGAGAUGAUGAGUCACGGGAUUGAUCCUGAUGAGAUCACUUAUAACUCGAUGAUCUCGUGUUUAUGCAGAGAAGGGAUGGUGGAAGAAGCUUUUGAGUUGUUGGUUGAUAUGAGAAGCUGUGAGUUUCAUCCAUCGGUUGUUACAUACAACAUUGUUCUUUUGGGAUUCUGUAAAGCUCAUAGGAUCGAGGACGCAAUCGAUGUAUUGGAAUCAAUGGUGGAAAAUGGAUGUAGGCCUAACGAAACUACUUAUACAAUGCUUAUUGAAGGGAUUGGAUUUGCUGGAUACAGAGCUGAAGCUAUGGAGUUAGCGAAUGAUCUGGUUCGAAUCGAUGCGAUUUCUGAGUAUUCUUUCAAGAAAUUGCAUAGAACUUUCCCUUUGCUUAAUGUUUUACAGAGAUCUUCUCAGACAUUUGGUCAUUAGGUUAUAGCAGUGAAAGUGGAUACUCAACACAUUAUGUUAUCGUUAUUGAUGUCUGUUAUAAACCAGGAUCAAAUGACUUCAUACAAAGUGAAACUUCUCAGUA